GCAUUCGCAAAUGUGCUUUAUAAAAAUACUGCAUUAUCUUCAUUGGAUCUUUCAAAUAAUCAGCUUGACUCUAAAGCAGGAAAAACAUUAGCCAAGGCUCUUGAUAAAAACAAAACUUUAAAAUACUUGGGUCUUAAGG